AUGUCUGGUGGCCAGAUAUUUGCUCCGUUUGUCGCUCUCCCUUCCUCUUCCUCAUCUUCCCUUUUUACUUCCUUUCUCCCCUACUGUUGUGCACAUUUAUUUAAUGGGUCCAUUUUUAUCAUCGCCCGAUAUCGGCGUCUCCUUAUAUAUCUAUCUAUCUAUGCAUCUCAUUCUGUUUAUAUCUAUCUAUCUAUCUAUCUAUCUAUCUAUCUAUCUAUCUAUCUAUCUAUAUAUCUAUCUAUCUAUCUUAGCCUAUUCUUUAUCUAUAUAUCGAUCUAUCUAACUCGGUAUAUUCAUUAUCUAUUUAUGUAUUUAUGUCUAUUAUCUAUCUUAUUAUCAAUCUAUCUAUGCAUCUCAGUCUGUUCAUAUCUAUCUACGUAUCUCAGUCUAUCUAUCUAUCUAUCUAUCUAUCUAUCUAUCUAUCUAUCUAUCUAUCUAUCUAUCUAUCUAUCUAUCUAUCCCAGCCUAUCCUUCAUCUGUAUAUCGAUCUAUCUAUCUCGUCUAUCUAUCUAUCUAUCUAUCUAUCUAUCUAUCUAUCUAUCUAUCUCAGUCUAUUCAUAUCUAUCUAUCUAUCUAUCCCAGCCUAUUUUUAUCUAUAUAUCGAUCUAUCUAUCUCGUCUAUCUAUCUAUCUAUCUAUCUAUCUAUCUAUCUAUCUAUCUAUCUAUCUCAGUCUAUUCAUAUCUAUCUAUCUUUCUAUCCCAGCCUAUUUUUAUCUAUAUAUCGAUCUAUCUAUCUCGUCUGUUAAUAUCUAUCUAUCUAUCUAUCUAUCUAUCUAUCUAUCUAUCUAUCUAUCUUUCUUUCUCAGACUAUUCAUUAUCUAUUUAUGUAUCUAUGACUAUUCAUUAUCUAUCUCAUUAUCAAUCUAUCUACGCAUAGCACUCUGUUCAUAUCUAUCUAUCUAUCUAUCUAUCUAUCUAUCUAUCUAUCUAUCUAUCUAUCUAUCUAUCUAUCUAUCCCAGCCUAUCCUUCAUCUUCUAUCUAUCUAUCUAUCUAUCUAUCUAUCUAUCUAUCUAUCUAUCUAUCUAUCUAUCUAUCUAUCUCAGUCUAUUCAUAUCUAUCUAUCUAUCUAUCCCAGCCUAUUUUUAUCUAUAUAUCGAUCUAUCUAUCUCGGUCUAUUCAUAUCUAUCUAUCUAUCUAUCUAUCUAUCUAUCUAUCUAUCUAUCUAUCUAUCUAUCUAUCUCAGUCUAUUCAUAUCUAUCUAUCUAUCUAUCCCAGCCUAUUUUUUCUAUAUAUCGAUCUAUCUAUCUCGUCUGUUAAUAUCUAUCUAUCUAUCUAUCUAUCUAUCUAUCUAUCUAUCUAUCUAUCUAUCUAUCUUUCUCAGACUAUUCAUUAUCUAUUUAUGUAUCUAUGACUAUUCAUUAUCUAUCUCAUUAUCAAUCUAUCUACGCAUAGCACUCUGUUCAUAUCUAUCUAUCUAUCUAUCUAUCUAUCUAUCUAUCUAUCUAUCUAUCUAUCUCAGCCUAUUCAUUAUCUAUCUAUCUAUGCAUCUGUCUGUUCAUAUCUAUCUAUCAACGUAUCUCAGUCUAUGUCAGACUAUUCAUUAUCUGUCUAUCUUCAUUAUCUAUUUAUUUAUCGAUAUUUGUCUAUUCAUUAUCUAUCUAUCUAUCUAUCUAUCUAUCUAUCUAUCUAUCUAUCUAUCUAUGCUUCUCAGUCUGUUCCUAUAUAUCUAUCUAUCUAUCUAUCUAUCUAUCUAUCUAUGA